GCAUCCGCUCAGGACGUCGAGGAGGUGCUCGUGAAGUUGGUGAGGCUUUUGGCGAACAUCGCCAUCAGCCCAGAUGCCGGUGCAACCCUGGCAGCUUCCAGUGCCGUCGUCGACCCUUUGUUGGACAUGUUGGGCGCGAAGAGAAUCAGCGACAGCGAGGAGCUGGUUCUCAACGUCGUGGCGGCCGUCACGAACCUUCUCUUCUACGAUGUGCCCUCGAACAUGCUCUUCCAGGAGGAGAGCAAGCAGCUCCUGUGCAGGCUCUUCAGGCCCCUGCUGCUGGAAUCCUACAACGUCGAGGCCUUGGUCGAAACAGCCCGGGCUCUGGGCAACCUCUCGAGGCAUGCGGACGCCAGGAAAUGCAUGGUUAGUCUCCGGCUUGACGAGAUCUUAGCCAUCCUCCUGGACCACGACGAUCGAGACCUCGUGUUCUAUUCCUGCGGUGCACUCGUCAACCUAGCUGCCGACCCGGAAUGCACGCCACGUCUGACCGGCUCGACACCGGCGGUAGAGAAGCUGGGGAAGCUCCUUGGGGACGCGCCGACGGAUGACCCACUGCUGCAGCUGGUGGCCGUGAAGGUGCUCACAAACCUCUCGCUGGACAGCCAGGCAACCUGGUCCGCUACCGACAUUGAGGCGGUUCGGAGUGCACUGCUGCAGACGAUUGCAGAGAGCAAGGAGCUUGCGAACAUCUCGGAGAGGCAGCAGCUUAUCGAGCUGUCGCAGCAGCUUGUUGGCCGCCUACCGGAGUCGCCGGAUGCCGAUCCCGGGUCUGCAGACGGUGCAGCCAAGGAUUGGUUCUACUGCACUGCCCCAGGUUGUGGAAGGCGCUUCGGCUCCCAGGAAAAGCUUUCGGCGCACUUCGAGCGACGCCACGGUGAGCGCAACGCCGGCGGUUGA